UCCUUUCAAGGCAUCCUUGUCUUUCCAUAUCCCUCUUGAUCAGUCUUUGUUUUAGUAAAAAAAAAGCUUCUCUACCAGACGAUCAUGGCUCCCAAGGUUCACGGACCCUUAUUCUCCACCGCAACAAUGCGAGCCUUCGCUGUCCUCCAAGAGAAAGAAGUCGAAUUCGAGGCCGUCCCCAUUGAUAUGAGAGCCGGAGAACACAAGAAGGAACCUUUCCUCUCCCUCAAUCCAUUCGGUCAAGUUCCAGCCUAUGAAGAUGGAGAUCUGAAGCUAUUCGAAUCGAGAGCAAUAACAGCUUAUGUUGCCUACGAGUACCAUGGGAAGGGGACCGAAUUGGUUUACCAUGACACGAAGAAGAUGGCGAACGUGUGCGUUUGGUUGGAAGUGGAAGCUCACCAUUUCGAUCCAAUUGUUUCGAAGCUGGUUUUUGAGCAACUGAUAAAACCCAUGUUCAUGAACAAGGAACCAGACUCGGCUGUUGUGGAGGAGAACCAGAAGAAGCUAGGUGAUGUUCUUGAUGUGUACGAGGUCAGGCUAUCGAAAUCGAAGUAUUUGGGUGGAGAUGAGUUUACUUUGGCAGAUCUUCAUCACUUGCCGACGAUGCAGUACAUGAUGGGAACGUCAACCAAAGCGGUGUUCGAUGCUCGCUCCCAUGUGAGUGCUUGGGCUAAGGAUAUCUUGGCUAGGCCAGCUUGGAUCAAGACUCUCGCGAUGCAGAAACAAGCUUAAAACUUUAAAAGGGUGUUCAUGGUUUUUAGAAUGAAGACGACGAUGCAGCUGAGUAUAGUAAGAUAGUUUUAUGUUGUUGUGACUCACUGAGUUAACGUGUUGUUGUGUUGUGAUGAGUUUAAACAUUUUGUAGUGUUGACUUUUUUUGGGGGGGGGGGGGUGGGUGGUGUUGCCAGUUGCUGAUAAAUUAAGUAGAUAUUGAAAUCGAGAUUUGUCUUCAAUUGAUGUUUCGAAGAGGUUGAACGUUCAAAA